AAACAAAAAACAAAAGCAGAACCAUUCGUGCACUCCCUGGAGAGUGGAGACCUCUGAAGCCAAGGAAAACCCUAGCCCUUCAUCGCCGCCGCCGUCCCCAGGUCCUCAGCGCCGCCGCUGCUUCCUCUUCCCCGUGUCGUUUUCAUCUUCGCUGGCACGUCGUUUUCAUCUUCCUCUUCCCCAGGUAGCUCGGCACGUCGUUUUGAUCUUCGCUGGCUUCUCAGCACGGAACCCAGCAGUAAGGCGGAGGAGCUGAAAAUCGGAGAAGGAAGAAGCUAUGCUCCGUUCAGCUUUGCUUCCGGCCCCCUACAAUUUUUUGCCGGUUCGAGUGAGAACCGGCACGUGCCAUUCCUUCGCUCUCGCACGUGCCUCUCAGGCUAUCGUCUCCCCACUCUUUUCGCGCUUCGAUCUCCACUUCCAUCGGUUCCGACAACCCCGCGUGAGUUUACGCGCCGUGCGUCGCUCCCCUGCCACAUCUUCGAGGAGGCGACGGCGUCGUGGCACGAAAACGAACGACGAUAAAUUCGAUUACUACGACGACGACGAUGACGAAGACUUUGAGGAUGACGACGUCGUUUUGGGUGGCGAUAAUGAGUACUACUACGACGACGAUGGUGAUGAAGACGAAGACGAAGAAGGUGGUGAUGAAGAGGGAAUGAUACCGUUUGAGAAGAUGAGGAAGUGGUUCAAGCACAAACCCAGAGGGUUCGGUGAAGGGAAAGUGUAUGAUACUUCCGUUGAGGACAAGCUGCUUGAUGAAAUGCGUCAGAGCAGAGAAGCACAAGCUGCUAACUUGAAGAAGCUCAAGAGCGGUGUCGUUAACUCCAAAAACAGUGAAGAAAAGAAGAAAGACGCUCAAGUUGUUCCGAUUGGUGGUCGAGUGCGCUUGGUGAACCUGCCGAAAAAGAAGAACAUUCAUAGGGAUCUGAAAUCUGCAUUUGAAGGGAUUCCAGGCAUAGUGAAUAUCGUCCCGGCAGUUAUUGGAAACAAGAAGACACGGGACCCUAUCUGCAAGGGUUUUGCUUUUGUUGAUUUCAAGUGUGAAGCAGAUGCAGUUAGGUUUAUAGAGCUAUAUUCUGGACAAAGUAUUGCUUUUGGCAAGAUUCAGAAGCCAAUAAAAUGUGAAUUUGUAAAUGCACAUUCUUCCUCUCCUGUUUCUCCGAAAUCAAGUGCAAAUCUUAACACUACUCCACUCCUCAUGGUCUCUGAUGUUGAAGAGGACUCAAAUGAGGUUUCUAACGUGAAGGAUUCUGCCCUUAGUUCUUGGGAUGGGACCACUUUGGAUGUUUCAGAUGAAGCAGACAAUCAAAUAUACAGAGAAGGAGAAGAAGAGACUUCUGCAGAGGAACCUGAUUCUGCCACUGUGUUCAAGGGAGAUUAUGAUGAGAGUGAAGAGGAUAAAGAAGAGGGUUCUGUAGGGGAUCAGGUUGCUGCCACAGCUUUCAUGACAGAUUAUGAUGAUAGUGUAGAAGAAGAAGAAGAUGAAGAGGGUUCUGUAGAGGAUCAGGAUGCUGCCACUGCUUUCAUGGAUGAUGAUGAUGAUGAUAGUGUGGAAAUGCAGAUUAAUUCCGAAAUUGGUUCACUUUCCUUAGAGCAGAUAGACAGAAACCCCACAGCUGAACCAAAUUCAUCUGCUGAAGUUGGACAAGAGAGCGUGCAGAAGAAAAAGCGGGCUUCGAAACAGAAAGGCAAGAAGGUUCCAAAGUUAGAUGUUCCUGGAUCCGCAAAGAGGUUAAAGAUCAAGGAAAAGGCUGUACUAAGUGAUGUUUUCGCCAAGUAUGGAUCAAAAGCUGCCGUAGCUGCUUCCAAGGAAAGUUAGUACUAUGCCAGACUCGAGAGAUUUGCAAGGCUAAAACCAUUAUCCGCAUGUUGGAAAUUGAGAAUCAGAACUAAAAAGCCACAUUGCAUGCAAAUGGACUUUCUAGCUGGCCAUAAAUGCCAGUUUUUGGAUCAGUGCACAAUUAAACAGUUCUGUAGUAACAUAGGGGCAGCAUUAUUUCUAUGAAUGCCAAAUCAUUCUUUAUUAAUAUCAUUUCUCACAUGAGUUGGAAUCCAGAUGUUCAUCGGAAGCUUUCAUAUCGCAAACUGCCAUAUCGAAACGACGACUGAUCUAUUGGUCACUUGGAAAAUCAUACUACUAAAUGUGAUUGAAAUCA